AUGCUUCUUAAGAGAGCCCCAGAUAAGAAGACCUUACGCCCCAAAUACCGAUCGGGGUUGGGCGAGGACGAUCAACCAGUCGAAGGUGCUUCCUGCUGUAGAACGAUGGAUCUAGCGUGCGGCUUUAGAGCCCGAGCGGGACUGGAAACGGAUGCCGGAUACCGGAUGUCAGAAGCCAGAUGCCAGACGGUGGACCGAGGGUCAGCGUCGCCUCCGCCUGCGGGGAACGAGACGUGCUUGGCGGGAUGCGACAGCGAGCCAACGUGGGAGGAUUGCGACAACCUCUCGAGCGCGGGAGUGGUGGAGUCGUCGGUCACUCGUGGUUUGGUUGAAGGGAAUCCAGCGCUGGGCGUGAGUGGUCGAGGGAGAACGCCGCUGCGCUUAGGGAGAGAGCAGCAGCCAAACGGGGAGAAGGGUGGAAGUAGUUUGCGGGAAGUCAAGGGUCUGGUGUGGGCGCCUUGCCCGACAGGGGAUCACUCGACAACACGACCAACGGGCCCGCGGCAGCUGCACGGCGCGGUAGCAAUGUUAAUUAUCAGUAGAAUCCUCGGCCAUCCUUCGUCCAAGGUUCUCUCGCUGAGGCACGUCUUGGCAGCUUUCGUGACGCACUUCUAG